AUGUCCUUUAUAGCUGGGAAGAAGCUGGAGCUGAAGCAACUAGCAGAGAUAGAUGGAGGACUGUUCCGGCUUGUAUUUGGUGGACAGUCUGGAGGGAAAGGAACAUUAGAUGUUUUGAAGACAGAAGCAAUCCUGUGCAGAAGAUCAAACUCAAUUGUAUUCUUCUUUUUUGUUUUUGGUGCAAACAGAUCUUUUACUACAGUGCUGGAGGCUAACCCUUGGAGAGAAACACCUAAACCUGUAUACGUGCUGACCCAGAGGGAGAAUCAGUUGUGUACAAUGAAGACCCGGAAAAACCAAAGUGAAGUUGAAAGAGAGCUUGGGAUGUUGUUCUCGAAAGGUGGAAAAUGGAAAAACCGUGCAAAGCAGCCAGAAGCUGACACAAGAUUUCAGAUGCUUGUUGAGGAUAUCAGAGAGGGAGUACUUGUAUUUGAGGAUGAAAAUGAGGCUGCAAGAUACUGUGACUUGCUUCAGGGAGGUGGUCAAGGCUGUGAAGGUGUUGCUGAGAUCGAAGCUUCAUCAGUAUUUGAUCUAUGCCGGAAGAUGAGGGCGCUCGCAGUUCUAUUUCGUCGGGGCAGAACACCUCCUUUGCCUGAAAGCCUCAAGCUAAACUUAAGGGCACGCAAGCGCUCGCUCGAAGACCAAGAGAACUUAAUGUAACGUUCCUGCAUUUGAUUUACGCCGAGUACAGGUGAUCUCAGUUGUCUAGUAUGCAAAACAUAUUGGACACAGUAAUAUAAUUCUUCUCUGUGCAGCUAUUUUAGCCUGUAUAGCUCUGACAUGUAUAUAAUAUGUCACAUAAUUCUAAUGAUUAAUGUAUAUAAAGGAUUCUCAGAUGCAUGAUGCAUCCCCACUCAAA